AUGAAACGUCGCUAUGUUGUCGUUGCGGGCGAGCAGGAGGGCGAACAACCUUCCAACGAGUCAGAGCUGGCCAAGGAGAAUUUGGAAAAGCAAGCCAUCUUGACUUCUCGGGGCCUCGACGAGAAGGUCCGCGUCAUCACGGCGACCUCAAGAAGCAAAGAAACUACUCCCUGGAGAAUCAGCACUGAACUGCCUCGAGCUUGCGUCUACACUGUCCAGGCUGGACUCGCANUGUUGGCAGUCAUGACCUUGAAUGUUGGAUACUUCCUCUCUGUCCUUGCAGGUCUCUUUGUUGGCGAAUUGGCCAUUGGAAGAUUCGCCUCGCUAGAGGAGGAUCAUCACUAG